GAUACAUCGUCACACUCAGGCACAAUGGGUGCAAGCAAGUGUUCUAUAUUAAGCACUUAAAUAUAAAUCUGUAGUGAUAUGUCUCUUUUGUGAGCUGUGGUAUAAAUCUUUCUUGUAACAGACUAGGUUAUCUAUGACAAGUUCGUUAUCUUUAAUAGUGUCUGUGUUGAUAAUGACACAUGCCAACAUAGAGAUAAUGAACACGUAUAAAUAAUAACAUUUUUGGAAUUGUGUUGAUUAAUUAGCUGACGAUGAAAACAUGAACCGAAACUGGAUAGAUGAACAAGAACAGUUGAAAUCCCAAGUCAUAUGCUCCGACACAUAUGAUUGGCAACAUAAACGAUGCAUAUCGAGAGUCGGUGGUGUGGAUUUGUCAUUCAUCAAAGGAGAUGAGAAUGUUGCUUGUGCAGCGCUAGUAAUUUGUGAAUACCCUGACUUUAAUGUCGUGUAUGAAGACGUAAAAAUGGUGCCAUUAACCGCACCGUACGAACCAGGAUUCCUCGCUUUUCGAGAAGCCCCAGCCCUAAUUGAAGCAUUCUCAAGGUUAUGUUACACUAAUCCAAGUCUUGUACCAGAGUGCGUUCUGGUGGAUGGCAACGGAAUUUUACAUCCGCGUGGUUUUGGUCUUGCUUCACAUAUUGGUGUGCUCUGUAAUGUACCUACUGUAGGUGUCGCAAAGUCUCUCCUCGUCAUGGAUGGCAUUUUGCGGGAUGAAGAUCACAAACAUAAGAUCUCUCUUUUACGUGAACGUGGUGAUCAUUUUUCACUAAACACAAUAUCAGGGAAGACUCUGGGACUGGCUGUGAAAACGUCUGAUUCGUCCAAGAAGCCAAUGUAUGUCUCCGUAGGGCACAAGAUCAGCCUUCAUACAGCAGCGUGGCUUGUGUGUCAUUGCAGCAAGUACAGAAUUCCAGAACCAGUGAGACAAGCAGAUAUACGUUCCAGGGAAUUUAUACGUAAAAAUUACUGAAAGAGGAAUGAUGUGUAAUACAAUGAAUUUCUGGCUGUUACUUUAUAAUGUAAUUUUUUAAAAUUUGUUAAUGUUCUGAUAGAACAUCAAUAAAGUUAAAAAGUUUGGUUAUUUUUA